UUUGAGUCCUGAGGCACAGCUAGCACAGGUUUUUUCAAGAUGCUGCGGAGCUGAAUCAUGCUUCUAAUGUGGAAAACCGGAUCACACAGAGGACACUCACUUUUAGGAAAAUUGACACACUUGCACAUGUGUUUAAAAAAGACAGACUGUUCGGCUCAAUACCAACCAUUUGCUGAAGAGGGCGCUGUGAUUGUUCAAAGUACACUCUGCUCUCUUAGUCCUGUAAAAAAACACCUCCUCCUGCAGUGACAAACUAAUCCAGUCAAAGUGAAAUCUUCAGUGGCUUCCAAUUUUGAGAAGAGAGUAUAAAUAACAGCACUUGAUGAAAGGACACAGAGAUGACUCUCAGGAGAAGUCAUGAAGGAGACUUGACUGUAUGUGUGUGAUGACAGGAUUAAGUAUAAUCUGAAGGAGUCAUGACCUCCAAAAUGAGCUCCUCUGAGGAACAGGACACACAGAAAGCUGAGAGACUGGUUGAGGGUCAGAGAUCUGACUCACCUGAACCCAGCUGUGUGUCCAUGAAGAGUGUCGAGUCGUUGGACAGAAUAAUUACCUUCAGAGAGGAUAACAGCUCUACUGAGCUCAGUCUGAAUCAGAGAGAAAGACCAGACUCACCUGGACCCAGCUAUGUGUCCGUGAAGAGUGACCGGUCAAUGAGCCCUCCACUACUGAUCAGACAGGAGGACUGUUCUACUGAGCUGAGUCUGAAUCAGAGAGAAAGACCAGACUCACCUGGACCCAGCUAUGUGUCCAUGAAGAGUAACCGGUCAAUGAGCCCUCCACUACUGAUCAAACAGGAGGACUGUUCUACUGAGCUGAGGCAUGCCAGAACUGCAUCAAAAGCAUUGUGGCAUCCUGCCACUGGCCAUGGUGCUGCAGGAGCAAGGAAGGUGUGGCCAGGCAAAGUGGUCACCUCUCGGGAGGCGCUGUUAUGCCAAGACCAGAAAGAGACCACCAAAAAUAUGGAGUUCAUAUUCAAGGAGCUGGAGCACAAAGUCAUCUCUCUGGUGAAGAAUCAGCUGAAGAGGUUUGUGAAACUAAUGAGCCUGGAUUACCCAGCAUGCUCUGAGAGAGAGGAGGAAGAUGAGGCGGAUCAGAACAGUGUCAGAGAGGGGGUGCUGAAUAUCACACUGCAUGUCCUGAGGAACAUGAACCAGACAGACCUCGCUAACACACUACAGACCAAACUGGCACCUUCUUGUCAUCAAAAGCUGAAAUGCACACUCAGGGAUAGGUUUCAGAAAAUUAAUGAAGGAAUCUCAAAUCCUGGAACCUCACUUCAUCUGAAUGAGAUCUACACAGAGCUGUACAUCACAGAAGGAGGCAGUGGAGAGGUCAAUAAUGAGCAUGAAGUCAGACAGAUUGAGACAGCAUUCAGGAGACCAGCAACACAGGAGAUACCCAUCAACUGCAAUGAUCUCUUUAAAGAUAAAUCCAUCAGAGCUGUGCUGACUAAAGGUGUUGCUGGGAUUGGGAAAACAGUCUCUGUGCAGAAGUUCAUUUUGGACUGGGCUGAAGGAAAAGCAAAUCAGGACAUCCUCUUCAUGUUUCCACUUCCUUUUAGAGAGCUGAAUUUGAUGAAGGACAGAAAACUGAGUCUAUUGGAUCUUCUUCAUGACUUUUUCAGACACACAAAGGAAUUAAAACCUAAAGAGUUUUAUCAUUAUAAUGUCAUGUUCAUCUUUGAUGGCCUGGAUGAGUGUCGACUUUCUCUAGAUUUCCAGAACAAUGACAGCUUAUCUGAUGUAACAAAAUCAGCCUCAGUUGAUGUGCUGCUGACAAACCUCAUCAAAGGGAAUCUGCUUCCCUCUGCUCUCCUAUGGAUAACCACCCGACCAGCAGCAGCCAAUCAGAUCCCUCCUGACUGUGUUGACCAGGUAACAGAGGUACGAGGGUUCAGUGACCCUCAGAAAGAGGAGUACUUCAGGAAAAGAAUCAGUGAUCAGAGACUUGCUAAAAGAAUCAUCUCACACAUGAAGUCCUCAAGAAGCCUCUACAUCAUGUGCCACAUCCCAGUCUUCUGUUGGAUUGCAGCCACUGUUCUAGAGAGAGUGUUGGGUGAAGCAAAGAGUGGAAAGACCCCGAAGACUCUGACUCAAAUGUUCACACACUUCCUUGUGUUUCAAAUCAAACAUGGCAACCAGAAGUACCACCAAAAAAGCGAGAUUGAUCAUAAACGAACAAGAAAGAUUAUUCUGGCACUGGGAAAACUGGCUUUCCAACAGCUGGAAAAAGGCAACCUGAUCUUUUAUGAGGAAGAUCUGAGAGAGAGCGGCAUUGAUGUCAGAGAAGUGUCAGUGUACUCUGGAGUUUGUACCCAAAUUUUUAGACAAGAGUUUGGACUGCAACUGGGGAAGGUUUUCAGCUUUGUUCAUCUGAGCGUUCAGGAGUUUCUGGCUGCCUUAUAUGCAUUUCUUUCUUACAUCUCCAACAACAUUAAUGUGCUGCUACAGCCAGAAACUGGAGUUUUUGGUUUUUUCAAAAAGUCAACGAUGUCUGACUUCCUUAAGGGUGCAGUGGACAAGGCCUUACAGAGUGAGAAUGGACACCUGGACCUUUUCCUUCGCUUCCUUCUGGGCCUCUCACUGGAGUCCAAUCAGACUCUCUUACAAGGCCUACUGACACAGACAGGGAGCAGCUCUCAGAGCAAAAAGGAAAUAGCCGAGUACAUCAAGAAGAAGAUCAGGGAGAAUCCCUCUGCAGAGAAAACAAUCAAUCUGUUCCACUGUCUGAAUGAACUAAAUGAUCAUUCUCUAGUGCAGGAAGUCCAAACAUUUCUGAACAGAGGAGGUUCCAGUGGUCUCAGUGGAGUUAAGCUCUCUCCUGUUCAGUGGUCAGCUGUGGCGUUUGUGAUGCUGAAUUCAGAAGAGGAGCUGGAUGAGUUUGACCUGAGUAAAUUUGAUCCAUCAGAGGAAUGUCUUCUGAGGCUGCUGCCAAUAGCUAAAGCAUCCAGAAAAGUUGUGCUGUGUAACUGUAAUCUCACAGAGGAAAGCUUUGCAGCUCUGUCCUCAGCUCUCAGUGCAAACACCUCCAGUCUGAGAGAACUGAACCUGAGUAACAAUAAACUGCAGGAUUCAGGAGUGGAGCUGCUCUCUGCUGGACUGGAGAAUCCACACUGUAAACUGGAGAAACUAAAGCUGUGUGGGUGUAAUCUAACAGAGGAAAGCUUUGCAGCUCUUUCCUCAGUUCUCAACUCAAACUCCUCCAGUCUGAGAGAACUGAACCUGAGUAACAAUAAACUGCAGGAUUCAGGAGUGGAGCUGCUCUCUGUUGGAUUUAAGGAUCCAUACUGUAAACUGGAGAAACUGGAGCUGUGUAACUGUAAUCUCACAGAGGAAAGCUGUGCCACUCUGUCCUCAGCUCUCUGCUCUAACUCCAGUCUGAGAUCACUGAACCUGAGUUACAAUAAACUGCAGGAUUCAGGAGUGAAGCUGCUCUCUGUUGGACUUAAGAAUCCACACUGUAAACUGGAGAAACUGGAACUGUAUAACUGCAGUAUUACAGAAGAAGGAUGUGCUGCUCUGGCUUCAGCUCUGAAAUCAAACCUGUCACACCUGAAAGAGCUGAAUCUGAACUAUAAUAAACCAGGAGAGUCAGGAGUGAAGUUGCUGUGUGAUCUACUGAAGGAUCCACACUGUAAUCUGGAGAAGCUACAGCUGUGUAACUGUAAUCUCACAGAAGAAAGCUGUGCAGCUCUGUCCUCAGCUCUCAGAUUAAACUCCUCCAGUCUGAGAGAACUGAAUCUGAGUAACAACAAACUGCAGGAUUCAGGAGUGAGGCUUCUCUCUCCUGGACUGGAGAAUCCACACUGUAAACUGGAAAUACUGGAGCUGUGUCAGUGUGACCUCACAGAGAAGAGCUGUGCAGCUCUGUCCUCAGUUCUGAGCUCAAACUCCACCAGUCUAAAAGAACUGAACCUCAGUUACAAUAAACUGCAGGAUUCAGGAGUGGAGCUGCUCUCUGCUGGACUAGAGAAUCCACACUGUAAACUGGAGAAACUGGAGCUACGUAACUGUAAUCUUACAGAGGAAAGCUGUGCAGCUCUGUCCUCAGCCCUCAGCUCAUACCCCAGCAGUCUGAGAUCACUGGAACUGAGUAACAAUAAAUUGCAGGAUUCAGGAGUGGAGCUGCUCUUGGUUGGACUGGAGAAUGUACACUGUAAACUGGAGAAACUGGAGCUGGAAUUAUGCAGCAUUACAGAAGAAGGCUGUGCUGCUCUGGCUUCCUCUCUGAAAUCAAACCCCUCAUACCUGAGAGAGCUGAACCUGAACUACAAUAAACCAGGAGAGUCAGGGGUGAAGCUGCUCUCUGAUCUACUGGAGGAUCCACACUGUAAACUGGAGAAGCUACAGUGAGUUACUGAUGUACUGUCUCUAUACACACAUUCACUCAUGAAUGGUUAUCUACCUCAAUCUCCUUCAGAAACACACACAGGCACAUACAUUACUGUGUUUGAGGUAGUGGGGAGUUACACUACACCUGUGGGAUGGCCUACUUAAGAGCAAGGCUCGGCUUCAGGCUCGUUUCUUCUUUGUAUGAAGUUCUUACAAAGAAAUCGGCCAGUAUAUUGGGUAGAGACGAGUGU